AUGCCCUCCUCGACCGCCCUGCUAAUGCCCUACAGAGCGACCAACAACGACGAAGCGGACGCCCCCGAUCAGAUCGGCUCCACCAGCUCAACGCCGCCCGGUGCCAUGACACCGCGACCCGACCCCACGGACAAGCGACUGCCGGGUAUUCUGCACAGUUACUUUGGCCAGGUUCGUGACUCUUUUAUGCCCCGACGAAAGUCUUCCGCGGUGGACCCCUCUCCCGCAGCCCAAAACUCCUCUGUACAAGCUCGCCCCGAGUCUGCCUCGUCGGAAAAGCAAGACAGGGAGAAGGAGAAAGAACCCCGUCCCACAAUGCUGCCCAGUCCUUCUCCCAGUGCAUCUUCCCGAACCCCCUCAACCUCGCAGUUGACUGGUGACACGGAGAAGCUAACACAAGGCGAUUUUGCGCCGCCGCAAUUUCAGGCUACUCCUCCUCAGACCCCCCGCACACGCUCGCAAGAGACCAAGCCUCUUCCGUCGAAUUUGUCGCGAACGUCGAAUGCAUCGGACAAGUCAAAGGAGAGCAAGGGGCAGCCUGUGGUGGGUACGCCAAAGGGCAAGCUCGCAGUCAUGAUAUCAGAAGGACGGGGCUUGCGGCCCAGCGUAGACCCGUACGUCGUCUGUCAGUUUCAGUGGGCGGAAUACAUAUCGGAUGGGCCGAGACAUGACGAGGCGAAGCAAAGCCACCAUGCACCUAUGCAGAUGAGGCGGACAGAGAGCGAACUGGCCAGGCCAAUGGCCAUUCCCAUGAAGAGUCGGCAAAGCAGUAACAGCGGCCACAGCUCAGAUCCAAGGGAAAAUAGCGCGCUUGAGGAAGUCACUAAUCCAAAGUGGGAACAUGAAGCCGUUUUUGACGUUAUUGGCGACCAUGCCGAGAUUGACGUGUCCGUCUACGACCGAUCGAAUGGCGAAGCCUUCUUGGGCCAUGUUCGCUUCUGCCCCAAUCUCGUCGAGUACAACGAGCCGUACGAUGGUUGGUUCCCUCUCGAGCCUCGGGAGGGUGACGGAGAAAAGGUCACAGGAGAGAUCCACCUCAAACUCAACUUCCACAAGGUGGAGAAGAGGCACUACGGCCCGGAAGAUUUUGAGAUCCUUAAGCUCAUUGGCAAAGGCACGUUCGGGCAGGUUUUCCAGGUUCGCAAACGUGACACUCGCCGUAUAUAUGCUAUGAAGGUGUUAUCGAAGAAGGUCAUCGUGCAGAAGAAGGAGGUAGCCCACACGCUCGGAGAACGCAAUAUUCUAGUCCGGACGGCCAUGGCUGACUCGGCUUUCAUUGUGGGCUUGAAGUUUUCCUUCCAGACGCCCUCCGACCUUUACCUAGUCACAGAUUACAUGUCCGGAGGCGAGCUCUUCUGGCAUCUUCAACGAGAAGGUCGCUUUCAGGAAGCUCGAGCAAAGUUUUACAUUGCCGAACUUAUCCUAGCGCUGCAGCAUCUACACGAUCACAAUAUCGUAUACCGAGAUCUGAAACCAGAGAACAUUCUUCUAGAUGCGAAUGGUCACAUCGCGCUCUGUGACUUUGGUUUGUCCAAAGCAAAUCUUACAGAGAACGCCACAACCAACACUUUCUGCGGUACAACCGAGUACCUGGCGCCAGAAGUACUCCUGGACGAGCACGGCUACACCAAGAUGGUCGAUUUCUGGUCACUCGGGGUGUUGGUCUUUGAGAUGUGCUGCGGUUGGAGCCCUUUUUAUGCGGAAGACACACAACAGAUGUACAAGAACAUUGCAUUUGGCAAAGUUAGGUUUCCUCGAGACGCUCUUAGUACAGAGGGUCGAAACUUUGUCAAGGGCCUUCUAAACCGGAACCCGAAGCACAGGCUUGGUGCGACCCGAGACGCCGAGGAGCUGAAGGCUCACCCAUUCUUUUCCGAUGUUGACUGGGAAGCCCUGGCGAAGAAGAAUGUUGUACCGCCAUUCAAGCCCAAGUUGAAGGGAGAGCUAGAUGUCUCCAACUUUGAUCCCGAGUUCACAAACGCCUUGAACGGCAACGGCUCUCUGAAUGCUCGAGCCGCGGCUCUGGCUUCCGGUGUUAAUCCCGCAUCCACACCACUAUCGCCAACUAUGCAGGCGAACUUUGCUGGCUUCACUUUCACUGAUCAAAGCACGAUUGAGCAGCAGUUUGCCCACCGGCAAAGAGACGACAUGGAGCGAAUGGACGAGGACGAGAAAGAUGACGUCGAUUGGGACAAGCCUGCAGGACGUGGAGAUAGAAUGUCUGGCGUCAUCCCCAGUCAAGACCAUGAUAUCUUCACCCACGGCGGUGGCAACUUCGACGUCUAG